UGCGGGCGCGAUAGUUCCGUCGCCGGUUAGAGGGGUAAGUCGUUUCGCCGAUCGGAUAUCCGUCUUUCUCAUAGCCGACGACGAUGAGCGACGUCACGAUGAGCAAUCGCCCGGGCGAUGAAACCACGUACGACAUCGGAGACGCGGAUGAUGAACGUGACGCGACGUGGUUGCGAGGCAACGAUGAACGCGAACUUGCAGAAUAUGAUGUGGACAGCGUCACUCAUCACGACGACGACGAUGUCCAAGUACCGUCGCGUACGAUGGAGGAGACGUUGCGACAAGUGCAGCGCGAAUUGUGCCUAAUCAGAUUAUGCUGGCCGGAAGUCUUGCCGACGACGGAAACCCUUUACGCGCGAUCACUUCCGGACGCUUACCGAUGCGUCAACGACAAGGAGCGAUUGUUGCUAUGGUACGCGGAAAACUUCCGUCGGCAGUUUCACGCGAGGCAUACCGAUCGCAGGCCACUGUUGCUGGCGUGCGAAAACGAAUGCGGCGUGCAAAAGUUCGUAUCUACAUCUAUCAGACGAUGUACGCCGCAGUAUCCUGAACUGUACACGUGGCAGGGAUGCGCAAGCUUCAUCAGUGAUUACAUCUGCUACGAGGCGCCGUAUGAAGCGUUUCUCAUGGUAAGUAAACGCGCCUUCUUAUUCUAAGUGGUACAUCAUGGUACCAACCGAGCGACAUGUGGAGUCCUUUCGAAAGUCACGCUAGACUCCACUCCAUGAGAUUCUCGCUGGCGUAGUCAACGAAUGUCGCAG